UUUUUGCCAACAUUACAUGCCACUUCAUCGAAGCACUUUCCAACUACUGCCGCUUGAUUGCAACAAUUGCGACAUCACCUGCUACUCCCUUCACUUGCAUCAACAAUUGUGUGUUUAAUAACCACCAGAAUCCAUACUCCUACCAUCUCUCAUCUUCUCUCUGAACCAAAUCCAUCUCCUACCCUCAAGCCAAAACUAUCAAAGUGAAAGACGAAUUUCAGACGGAUUUUUCGGGUUUCAGAAUUUCGUUUGGUCCUCCAUUUUCUCUUUCUCUCUCUCUCUCUCUCUCUCUCUCUCUCUCUCUCUCUCUCCCUCCUAUUAUCUGUUUCUCUGUCCGCCAUUAUCGUAGGUAAGAAGACCAUUUUGGUUCUCCAUUUUCGGGUAUUCUCUUCUUCUUUUUGGCCCUCCAUUUUCAGGUUGCGUUUUGUGUAGUCCUUCCUCCUGCUACUCAGUAUCCUUCAUUCCAUACUUGGAUUGUGUGUUUAAUUUCGUGUAUAGCGAUUUAUCUGAGUUGCUUCUUUGAUUGUUUACUUAUUCAAUUACCUAAUCAAUUACCUAAUUUUUGGGGUUCACUUAGGGCUCUCUAAUUUGGGUUUUCGGAUGAAUUGCAUGGAGGAACAGUUCAUUUUAAGAGUUCCGCCUUCCAUAGCUGAACGAAUUGAACGCCUAUUGAAUGAAGAUCCUUCAUCAUCUGAUGAGAAGUCGUUGGACUUGUCAUUCUCAGAGGAUGGACGGAGUGGUACAUUUAUGAUUGGGGAUGACCGUUUUCCUGCCUCUUUGCUCGAUCUCCCAUGUGUUACUGAGUCAUACAAGACUUACGAUGAUAAUGUGCUGAUUAAAACUGCGGACAUCGGACAAAUGAUUAUGGUGAGAGAAGGGAAUGAUAUUGCUCCUGACACAGUAGAGUAUAGACAUGGCCUCACCCCUCCUAUGAGGGAUGCUCGGCGUCGCAGAUUUCGUAGGGAGCCAGAUCUCAAUCCGGAGGUUGUUCAGCGUGUUGAGAACGAUCUUUGGAAUAUUAUGCGAAGUAGAGGUGCUGAACAAACGGCCCAAGACGAAGAUGGUGAUGAAAAUGUACGUAAUGCUAGCAAGAAGCCAGCCCCCACACCAAAAGCCAAGGCUGAUACACCUGAUCCUGGUAAUAAUGCUGGGGAAGCUGAUGGAAGUGACUCAGAUGAAUCUGAUGAAUCUAUUUAGUAAAAUGUAUCAUACAUCAAACGAAGUGGAACAUUUCUGGUUGCCCAAUCUUGUACAAUUUUAUUUUGUGUAUAUACUUUCAGAGGAGACCAAACUUCUUUUAUCUGGUUUUUAUGAAUAAUACGGGCUAUCACAAUUUCCAAUUUUA